AUGAAAUCGAGGCUUCAAAAUGGAAAUUAUUUUUUGAAUUAAGAGUUUACACUUUAUCAUAGACCAUAAAUACCUAUUACAAUCUAAUCAAAAUCAGCUAUAGAAAUUAAAUCAAUCCCGUAAGCGGCUAAUUAUCAAAAAAAAUAGAAAACCAUUCAUUUUUAUGAUCAAUAUAAAUUUGAAUAAUAUACAUCAGCUAAAACUAAACUCUAUGAUUUAUUAAGUCUUAGAUAAAGUAAAUAUAACAUUUUAUGUUAGCUAAUAGGACUCCAAUUUAAAGAAGAAGAUAACCUGAUUCAGCACACAUAGUUAAAAGAAAUCCAGAGAUCUUUACAUCAAUAAUAGAAGUAAACGAUGUAAAAUAAAAAGUAAAAACUGUAAGUCAAGAAUGUCCAAGAACUUAAUAAAAAAUUGCAAUGAUUUAACAUUCAUCAUAAUUGGCAAGCACAUAAAAAAGAAAUCACAAUCAUUCAAGAUCAACAAAUAAUAAUAAUAAUACUUCAACACCAAUUUUAAAUAAAACUGUCUCUUAAUUUUAAUGUUUCACUCCUCUAACAAAUUAAAAAAAUAAUGUCUAAUCUGAUCUCAUUUAAAGAAUCAAAUAACAAAAAUUAGAAAGUCUCAUCAAUCUUAUUAUUAAUAAUCAACUUAAUAAUAUUGUAAUUGGUUUUACAUUAAUAAAAAGUACUGCUCCUCUUCUUCCUUAUAUUAAAGAAUUAGAAAGAAGAAAAGCAGAAUUUAAAUAAAAAAGAUUUCAAAUUAAACUAUUCAGAAUUAAAUGA